AUGGCGCUGUCGCCGCUCCUUCGCUGGGGCAUCUUCGUCUCGGCUAUCGCUGCCGCCGUCUUUGCCUAUUCCUUCAAGCAACACCCGUUCCUCUUCACCACCUCUGAGCACGACCCCCUUCCAGUCCAUUGCUACAAGAGCGUGAGGACUCAUGAUGCCGAACACCCAUAUGCUGAGUGCUUCUCUGUGGAGGACGGCAUGUUCCGUCAUGUUUGUACCCAGGAUGACCGAGACUCUCUGCAUGGAGUCAGAGGAAUCGAUGUUUCUGUUUCGGACGGCUAUGCGAUCCCCGGUCUCUGGGAUGGCCACGGACAUCUGCUGCAGUAUGGCGAAUUUCUUCACUCCGUUGAUCUUUUCGGCUCAAAGUCGCUUGAUGACGUGAGAGAUCGCAUCAAGAAAUACCUUGCCGCGAAUCCGGGUGCUGGCACUAAAGACCGGUGGCUUCGUGGUGUUGGCUGGGAUCAAUCUGCCUUUGGACGCAUGCCUACGGCUGAUGACAUUGAAGAAGAUGACGAACUCAGGGGUAUCUUCAUGAUGCUGGAUAGGAUUGAUGUUCACUGCUCUUGGGUCUCGCAGGCAGUAUUGGAGCUCCUCCCUUAUGAAAUUCCCGAUGUUCCUGGAGGGGAUGUCAUUCGUGAUCCCGGUCCAGGAGUCUUCUGCGACAACGCUAUAGAUAUGAUUAUGGAUCUGUGGCCGAAGCCCGGGGAGGAGGACAAAGCCCGAGCUGUUAAGUCAGCCAUGAAGGAGCUCAACAAGGUCGGUCUGGUAGGACUGCACGAUGCCGGUGUGACGGCUGAAAACGCUCGGCUUUAUUCAGAGCUGGCAACUUCUCCAGACUGGACUGUCCGGGUUUACAGCAUGCUUGAGUGUGCGAAGAGAAACACGUUUUGCCCUGAAGACGCGCCUCGGAUCGCUCAUCAGAAUGGCAUGUUCGGAUUACGAAGCGUCAAACUGUUCGCUGAUGGAGCAUUGGGUAGCUGGGGAAGUGCCAUGCUCGAGCCUUACAGUGACCAUCCUUGGACCUCAGGCUCCCUUCUCAUCAAUGCGUCAGCCCUCACAAGUGUGACAAAGUCUUGGGCCAGAGAAGGAUUCCAAGUCAACAUCCACGCUAUAGGAGACUUGGCCAACCGCAACGCCAUCGACGCCUUUGAAGCGGCCCUGAAGCAGGAAUGCGGGCAAGAAGCCCUCUCCGAGUGCCAAUCCCGGCACAGGUUCCGCAUCGAGCACUCGCAGAUCAUCCACCCCAUAGACCAGAAACGCAUGCAUGCCCUCGGCAUCAUCCCUUCCAUCCAGCCCACGCACGCCACCUCCGACAUGAAGUACGCCGAGGAAAGAAUCGGUCCAAAGAGAACCGAGGAGGAAGCCUACCGCAUGAAGUCUCUGCUCGACAUCAAGCCUAUCCUGGGCAGCGACUUCCCCGUGGAGCCGCCAAACCCGUUCCAGGGAAUUUACGCUGCCGUCACGAGGAAGAGCCCGCAUACUGGACUUGGGCCUGACCCGGAAGCCCCCUCUGAAGGGUGGCACGCACAAGAGGCUCUCAGUUUGGAUGAGGCCUUGAUGGGCUUUACGCGGAACGUGGCGUAUGGAGCCUUUCUCGAGCAGUACGCAGGCGUUAUCAGACGCGGUGCGUUUGCGGAUUGGGUCGUGCUUGAUGCGCCGCUAGAGGACAUGGACAUUGAGAAGCUUCGAACUCUCAAGGUCAGGGAGACUUGGGUGGGCGGUAGGAGGGUGUACUCGCGGGACGAGGAGCAAUGA